AGGAUGCAUUCACGUGACAUGCAUCCCCAUCGAGGUCGGCCGCGGCACCGACUUGCUCAGAGUCGUCAGUGCCGCGUUGCGCAGGCUGCCCGACCACGACCUUGUUCUCGAACACCCAGCAUAACUGAACGACAUGCCAACAGAACUGCCAUAUGCCGCAGAUGCAGAGGUGUCGCUGUCAUACGACGAAUUAGAGGUGCUACGCCUGCAAUACCAGAGGGAGCUCUCGCAGUCACACGUUACGACACAGACCAAGUUCAACUAUGCAUGGGGGCUCGUGAAGAGCCCAAUACGAGAACAUCAGGUUGAGGGCGUGAGGUUGUUGCAAGAGAUUUACCGUGCCGAGCCUACAAGGCGGAGAGAAUGCUUAUACUACCUUGCACUCGGCUACUACAAGUUUGGCAAUUAUGAAGAGGCUAGGAGAUUCAACUCCCUCUUGAUGGACAAGGAACCCUCGAAUAUGCAAGCACAGAGUCUUGCCAGCCUCAUUGACCAGCGGGUCACACGAGAGGGCUACAUUGGUAUGGCACUGGCUGGCGGAGUUGCCGCAAUUGGCACGAUCCUCCUAGCAUCUCUUAUACGGCGAGCAGCUCGCAAAUGAUCACGCUGGCCUUUCCUAACAUCCGUUUGUCGGAACCGCUCUGCACCUGGUCACCGCCUCUGCGUCUUCCUUGUGCAUUUCGUCCUCCGCGAUGCAACGCCUGGUCCGGACAAUUCCAAAUCAACGCGCUGAUCUCGCUUUCUCUGCACGUACCGUAUGUUAUAACGAUGUAUAUAUGAACACAAUACUACUCACUUACGAG